AUGGCGGAAACCAAGAAUAUCGCUGUGCUCGAUUCCUCAAUCGUCGACCGCCUCCCAAUAUCAUCCAAGACGCUCUUCGAAGCCAAAGCCGCACAAGGCCUAACCUUCGAAGCCAUCGCGGAAGCGUUAGGACGCUCCGAAGUAGCAGUUGCAGCGCUCUUCUACGGCCAAGCGCAAGCCUCGCCCGAAGACAUCAUCGCGCUAUCCAAAAUCCUUAAGCUCCAAGAACGUGUGCUCACCGAGCAGCUUGCUGGAUUUCCCGAUCGAGGCCGAGCUGGGCCGAUGCCACCGAUUGAGCCACUCAUUUAUAGACUUUAUGAGAUUGUGCAGAAUUAUGGAUACGCGUAUAAGGCGGUGUUGAAUGAGAAGUUUGGCGAUGGUAUUAUGAGCGCCAUUAGCUUUAGCACGAAGGUUGAGAAAGAGACGGAUGACAAGGGUGAUUGGGCUGUGAUUACAUUGCGGGGGAAGUGGCUGCCUUUCAGCCGAUUCUAG